GCACACUGGCUGUACACGAGAAGGGGGUGAAAAACACAAUCCGAAAACACCAUUAUGGGCCAAUUUUGCGGUGUUAAUGCGAACCUUUAUGCCUCCGAAACUCGUUUACGUUGGAGGCAUUUUUGAUCAGUGAAAAAAGGCACACCCAGAAACGGUUUCUCUGUCGCCUAGACACCGUUUAACCCUUUGGGUGGGUUCCUCGUUACGUGGAAUCACAUCAAUCUCGGUUCUUCAGUCAGGGUCGGAAAUGUAGAUCUGUUGUAGCCCCAGGCGGGGUUUAUUUUUUUACAUAAAGAUCUAGAAAUGGCCGUGUAAAUGGUAGCCUACGUAACAGUAAUGUUUGGGUGGACCUCGAGCCUGUGGAAUGGAAGUAAACGGAGACGUCAACAUGGCGACAGCUGCUUCGCCCCUGCGCUCGAGAUGAAUCCUCAUCUAUAAAGCUCCCAGAGUGACCGGAGAUUAGCUGGUGCAGCUACCAGAGCAGGAUGUCAAUAUGGCUGCUCAGCUGCUCGUUCCACCCGGACCUGACAGCUUCCGGCCCUUCGUGCCCGAGUCUCUCGCUGCUAUCGAGCGCCGCAUCGCAGAGGAGGCGGCCCAACGGCCCAAAGUCGAGAGGCGGCCUGAUGAUGAUGACGAAAACGGGCCCAAACCCAACAGCGAUUUGGAGGCGGGGAAAUCCCUGCCCUUUAUCUACGGAGACAUUCCACCCAAAAUGGUGUCCGUCCCGCUGGAGGACCUGGACAACUACUACAGCAACCAAAAAACCUUUAUAGUAUUGAAUCGUGGGAAGGCUAUAUUCCGCUUUAAUGCUACGCCGGCCUUGUAUAUUUUGAGCCCUUUCAAUCCAUUGAGGAGAAUCUCCAUCAAGGUCCUGGUGCAUUCGCUGUUCAGUUUUGUGAUCAUGUGCACAAUCUUGACCAACUGCGCCUUCAUGACCCUCAGCAAUCCCCCGGACUGGGCCAAGAACGUAGAGUACACGUUCACAGGGAUCUACACCUUCGAGUCCCUGAUUAAGAUCCUGGCACGGGGCUUCUGCGUGGGGAAGUUCACUUUCCUGCGAGACCCCUGGAACUGGCUGGAUUUCAGUGUCAUUAUGAUGGCGUAUGUAACUGAGUUUGUAAACCUAGGCAAUGUGUCAGCUCUCCGCACUUUCAGAGUGCUCAGAGCUUUGAAAACUAUCUCAGUCAUCCCAGGGCUGAAGACCAUCGUCGGAGCUCUGAUCCAGUCUGUGAAGAAGCUGUCAGACGUGAUGAUCCUGACGGUGUUCUGUCUGAGUGUGUUUGCUCUGAUCGGACUGCAGCUCUUCAUGGGAAACCUGCGGCAGAAGUGUGUGAAGAUGCCGGAGGCCAAUGUCACUGAAAACCUCACUGCCACGCUGAACUAUAGUAUCGGCUUAGAGCUGCACAACUCCACCUUUAACUGGACAGAGUACAUUACUGAUGAGAAAAAUUAUUAUCACCUCCCAGGCCGCAGAGAUGCUUUGCUAUGUGGAAACUCAAGCGAUGCAGGGCAGUGCCCAGAGGGCUUCAAAUGUAUAAAAGCAGGGCGUAAUCCUGACUACGGCUACACAAGCUUUGACACGUUCAGCUGGGCCUUCCUCUCACUCUUCCGACUCAUGACACAAGACUUCUGGGAAAACCUCUACCAGCAGACCCUGCGUGCAGCUGGAAAGCCCUAUAUGAUCUUCUUUGUUCUUGUGAUCUUUCUGGGCUCCUUUUAUCUGGUGAAUCUCAUCCUGGCUGUGGUGGCCAUGGCAUAUGAUGAGCAGAACCAGGCCACCAUAGAAGAGGCCCAACAGAAAGAAGAAGAGUUUCAAGCCAUGCUGGAACAGCUAAAGAGACAACAAGAAGAGGCACAGGUUGCCGCGGCAGCAGCAACAGAGAGUGGGGAGUACAGCGGCGGGAGGGGGGGCUUGUCAGAGGAAAGCUCCUCUGGGGGGUCCAGACUCAGCUCCAAGAGUGCUAAAGAGCGAAGGAACAGGAGGAAGAAAAGAAAACAAAGGGAAGAAGAAGAGAAAGCCGAUCAGGAGAAGUUCCAUAAGUCCGCCUCAGAGGACAGUAUCAGACGGUCUGGAUUUCGCUUAUCCAUAGAUGCCAACCGACUCUCAUAUGAGAAGAAAUGUUCCACUCCAAAUCAGUCUCUUCUGAGCAUUCGUGGAUCUCUCUUCUCUCCGAGGAGGAACAGUCGUGCAAGUCUUUUCAGUUUUCGUGGUAGAGCACGAGACUUUGGCUCAGAGAAUGAUUUUGCGGACGAUGAGCACAGCACGUUUGAGGAUAGUGACAGUCGCCGCGGAUCGCUCUUCGUACCUCGCUGUGUUGAGAGACGAAGUUCCACUGUCAGUCACUGCAGUCUUGCCCCCAGGAUUAUGCUACCAGCCAAUGGGAAAAUGCACUGUACAGUUGAUUGCAAUGGAGUGGUCUCACUGGUGGGCGGGACAUCUGUACCAACAUCACCAAUCGGACGUUUAUUACCAGAGGGCACGACCACUGAGUCUGAGGCACGUAAAAAACGUUCAGGAUCACACCAUCCAUCUGAUUAUCUGGAUGAAACAGUAGCCAGAAAAAGAGCUCUGAGUGUGGCCAGCAUUCUGACAAAUACUAUGGAAGAACUCGAGGAAUCGCGGCAGAAGUGCCCUCCUUGUUGGUACAAAUUUGCCAACAGCUUCCUGAUCUGGGACUGCUGUCCAACCUGGCUGAAAGUGAAGGAGAUUGUGAACAUGAUCGUGAUGGAUCCCUUUGUUGACCUGGCCAUAACCAUCUGCAUUGUUCUCAACACCCUCUUCAUGGCUAUGGAGCACUACCCCAUGACAGAAGGAUUCAACCAUGUGCUGUCAGUUGGGAACCUGGUAUUCACAGGAAUCUUCACUGCAGAGAUGUGUCUGAAGUUAAUUGCUCUGGACCCAUAUUACUACUUCCAAGCAGGCUGGAAUAUAUUCGACGGCAUCAUUGUGAGCCUGAGUCUCAUGGAACUGGGCCUGGCCAAUGUGGAGGGACUUUCAGUGUUGCGCUCAUUUAGAUUGUUAAGAGUCUUUAAGCUGGCAAAGUCUUGGCCCACCCUGAACAUGCUGAUAAAGAUUAUUGGUAACUCAGUUGGUGCUUUGGGAAAUCUAACCCUCGUCCUGGCCAUCAUUGUCUUCAUAUUCGCUGUGGUGGGAAUGCAGCUGUUCGGAAAGAGCUACCGUGAGUGCGUCUGCAAGAUCUCGGUGGACUGCGAGUUGCCCCGGUGGCACAUGGACGAUUUCUUCCACUCCUUCCUCAUUGUAUUCCGGGUGCUUUGUGGCGAAUGGAUCGAAACCAUGUGGGACUGCAUGGAAGUGGCUGGACAGUCAAUGUGUCUCAUCGUCUUCAUGAUGGUCAUGGUCAUUGGAAAUCUGGUGGUGCUGAACCUGUUCCUGGCCUUGCUCCUGAGCUCUUUCAGUGCCGAUAAUCUCGCGGCCACGGAUGACGACAACGAAAUGAACAACCUGCAGAUCGCUGUGGGCAGAAUACAUAAAGGCAUCGCACUGAUCAAGUCAGCUUUGCGCCAGUUCCUCCAAAGCCUCUGUCUGGCCGGCUCUAAACCACGUGCACUAGAUGAAGAGAAACCCCUUGAUGACCUCCACAGCGACGGCAAGGAGAACUGCUUGUCUAAUCACGCUCCGGUGGCCGUCGACCUCACUAAAGACUAUCUGAAGGAGGUUUGCGUUUCCCCUGGUAACGGGGUGGAAGGUCACGUAAAGUAUGGGAUUGAGGAAGGCGACUACAUGUCGUUCAUACACAAUCCCAGCCUUACUGUUACAGUACCGAUUGCGGUGGGAGAGUCGGACUUUGAAAAUCUGAACACGGAAGAUUUCAGUAGCGACUCGUCCGACGUCGAGGGCAGUAAAGAGAAGCUGCCUGUUGAUGCGGUUCUCAGUUCCUCAGAGGGGAGCACAGUGGAUAUCCGACCCCCUGGAGAGGGGGCGGAGUCUGUCGAGUUGGAGCCGGAAGAGUCCCUGGACCCAGAGGCCUGCUUUACAGAAGGCUGUGUGAUGAGGUUUCAGUGCUGUCAGGUCGAUGUGGAGAAGGGAAACUGGAAGAAUUGGUGGAAUCUCAGGAAAACCUGCUUCAUCAUUGUAGAGCACAACUGGUUUGAGUCCUUUAUCAUCUUCAUGAUUUUACUCAGCAGUGGAGCAUUGGCUUUUGAGGACAUUUACAUUGAGCAGCGUAAGACGAUAAAGACGGUGUUGGAAUAUGCGGAUAAAGUCUUCACAUACGUCUUUAUUUUGGAGAUGCUUCUGAAGUGGGUUGCUUAUGGCUUCGUCAAAUACUUCACCAAUGCCUGGUGCUGGCUUGACUUCCUGAUUGUUGAUGUGUCGUUGGUGAGUUUGGUAGCAAAUGCUCUUGGUUACUCUGAACUAAGUGCCAUUAAGUCCCUGAGAACACUGCGUGCUCUUAGACCUUUGAGAGCAUUGUCACGCUUCGAGGGAAUGAGGGUUGUAGUGAAUGCCCUGCUGGGAGCCAUACCUUCCAUCAUGAAUGUGCUGCUGGUCUGUUUGAUCUUCUGGCUGAUAUUCAGCAUCAUGGGGGUGAACCUUUUCGCUGGGAAAUACUACCAUUGCAUUAAUACCACCAACGAAGAAAUGAUUCCCAUCAGUGUGGUCAAUAACAAGUCCGAUUGCCUUGCCCUGAUUAAUAACAAUGAUACGGCACGCUGGAAAAAUGUGAAAAUUAAUUUCGAUAACGUGGGAGCCGGAUACCUGGCGCUACUGCAAGUGGCCACAUUUAAAGGAUGGAUGGACAUCAUGUACGCAGCAGUGGAUUCUCGUGAUUUGGAGCAACAGCCUGACUAUGAAUCUAACCUUUACAUGUAUCUAUACUUCGUCAUCUUCAUUAUCUUCGGCUCCUUCUUUACCCUUAACCUCUUCAUUGGUGUCAUCAUUGAUAACUUCAAUCAGCAGAAGAAAAAGCUUGGAGGUCAGGAUAUAUUCAUGACAGAAGAACAGAAGAAAUAUUACAAUGCCAUGAAGAAACUGGGAUCUAAGAAGCCUCAGAAGCCAAUUCCCAGGCCUACGAACAAGUUUCAAGGCAUCGUCUUUGACUUUAUCACCAAGCAAGCCUUUGACAUUGUCAUUAUGAUCCUGAUCUGCUUGAACAUGGUGACCAUGAUGGUGGAAACCGACGACCAGACAAAAGAGAUGGAUGCUAUUUUGUACUGGAUAAACUUGGUUUUCAUUAUCCUCUUCAGUGGAGAAUGUGUGCUCAAGAUGAUCUCCCUGCGGCACUACUACUUCACCAUUGGCUGGAAUGUGUUUGACUUUGUAGUGGUGAUUCUGUCAAUUGUUGGCAUGUUCCUCUCUGAGAUGAUUGAGAAAUAUUUUGUAUCGCCAACCCUAUUUCGAGUCAUCCGACUUGCCAGAAUCGGUCGUAUACUUCGUCUCAUCAAAGGGGCCAAAGGCAUUCGUACCCUCCUGUUUGCCUUGAUGAUGUCACUUCCUGCCUUGUUCAAUAUUGGCCUCCUUCUCUUCCUGGUCAUGUUUAUCUAUGCCAUCUUCGGAAUGUCCAACUUUGCCUAUGUAAAGAAAGAGGCGGGGAUUGAUGACAUGUUUAACUUCGAGACAUUCGGGAACUCAAUGCUUUGCCUGUUCCAGAUCACCACGUCUGCCGGAUGGGACGGCCUCUUGGCGCCCAUCCUGAACAAGAAGCAAGAUCUGAAUUGCGACAGCGAAAUGGAGCACCCGGGCAGCUCAUACCGCGGCAACUGCGGAAACCCCUCAGUCGGCAUCUUCUUCUUUGUGAGCUACAUCAUCAUCUGCUUCCUGAUUGUGGUGAACAUGUACAUCGCUGUGAUCUUGGAGAACUUCAGUGUAGCCACAGAGGAGAGUGCCGAACCACUCAGCGAGGACGACUUUGAAAUGUUCUACGAAGUCUGGGAGCGAUUCGACCCCAAUGCUACUCAGUUCGUGGAGUACAACAAGCUUUCUGACUUUGCGGAUGCUCUGGAUCCUCCGUUACGCAUCGCCAAGCCAAACAAGAUCCAGCUCAUUGCCAUGGACCUGCCCAUGGUCAGUGGUGAUCGCAUCCACUGCCUGGACAUCCUGUUUGCAUUUACCCUGAGGGUACUGGGAGAGGAGGGCGAGAUGGAUGCCCUGAGGGGACAAAUGGAGGAUCGUUUCAUGGCCUCCAAUCCCUCAAAAGUCUCCUACGAGCCCAUCACUACAACCCUCCGGAGGAAACAGGAGGAGAUGUCGGCCUCCAUCAUUCAAAGGGCCUUUCGACGGUACCGUUUAAGACAAACAGUAAAGAAGGCCUCCAAAGCGUAUCGGCAACAGCUCCAGGACGGGUUGCGUAUCCCGGAGAAAGAGGUGCUUGUCAUUGGAAAGUUUCAAGAGAACUCUGCGUCGGAUAAAACGGAUAUGACUCCCUCUUCUGCCUCUCCGCCAUCUUAUAACAGUGUGGCCAAGUCAGAGAAAGACAAAUAUGAAAAAGAGAGGAGAGAGAAGGACGACAAAGCAAAAGAUGCACGGGACAGAAAAAAAUGAAUGAGGGAUUGAAACAGAGACUAUUCUUUUCAACUGAGACACUGUUUACAGAGCGGAACACGAGCACCGGGGGGCAAUUCACCUCAAGCGGUUUUGGAACCAAUGCCAAACUGAGUGUGUGUGUGGGGCGGAGUGUGUGUAUGUGCGUGUGUCUAGACUAUUGUGUGCGUUGCCACCGAGCUAGCCUUAGAGGUGCAUUUAUGGUGUUGACGGAAAGCGUUCAUUCAAGGACAGUGCCAGUGUCGACACGUCGAACACACGCACACACACACACUUGAGUAUGACUGUUGAAUCCCUAAAGACAUUGGUGUCAAACAAAAUGGCAAGUAUAGAGUGGUGUGUGAGUUUGUCUUUUAGUUUUGAGUGUUGUCACACAAUCCUGAGGACUAAAAGAAACUGUUAUAGUCAUCAGUAGCUAGUGCUAACACUACCGCUGGUGUCUUUCUUAUUGAAUGGCGUAUUAUAUACCUGCACAUUUUUGUUAGCUCAUUUUUUAAAUCAUGUUGAACUUUUCUACUCAUAGGUUUGAUUGUCUGAACUUCUUAAUUUAAGGGCACGACUGUGGAGGGAGGGACUGGGGAAUGUCGAUCAUAUCCGGUAGUGAAUUAUCCGAACGCUCCUAUAACGGGACCUCAUUUACUUUAGCGUAUGCCGAACAAACCACACACACACACACACAUAUAUAUAUAUACCCGUAGGUUCCAAGUGCUACAAAAUCAAUCACUCAGUAAGCUGAGAGCAGAAUGCUACUGUACUAAUCAGGACUUUAACACAUUUAAUAGAAUGUUUUUUUAUUAUUUAUGGAUGGAGAUGUAGGCCUGUCUGCACUGCCUUACUGAACACAAACACGAAAAUGGAUGUAUUGAACACAAUCCUCCACUGUUGAUAGCAGAAUGAGCCAAACUCAGUGAAUUUGUCAAAAUGUAUCUGAUUCAAACCAGUUGAUCAAUGUUCUGGGUUCAAUACA